GGAACUGGAGCCAUUGCCAGAGGAGCACUCAACUAUUCCAGCGGCGUGCGCACGCCUCUUGGAGGCCUAUUCACAGGACUCACUGUUAUGGCGGCAUUGGUGUUUUUGACACCAUAUUUUUAUUACAUUCCGAAGACCUCGCUGGCCGCCGUUAUAAUCGCCGCCUCGUUUAUGAUGGUUGAUGUCAAGGUGGUUAAACACAUUUACAGGUCAAAAAAAAGAGAUUUGAURCUCAUGUUGAUCACGUUCUUYGCGUGUUUGUUUCUUCCAUUGGAAUAUGGUGUGCUCAUCGGCAUCGUUGCGAAUGUUGGUUUCAUAAUGUGCAGUGCUGCCAAACCCAAAAUAUCUAUCCAAGUGCAAAAGAACCACGACGGGAUCAAAUAUUUGUUGCUGACACCUGACAGGUAUUUGAUAUUCCCUUCGAUGGAAUACGUACGGCAGACGAUAACUAAACAUAGCUUCGCUCUUGGUCUCCCGGUAGUCAUCGACGGUUCCAGGAUAUUUGAGGCUGAUUUCACAACGGCAAAUGUAUUUUCCAUGAUGUCACGAGACUUUUCAAAAAAWGGCCAAUCUGUAUAUUUGUAUAGCCUAAAGCCCAGCGUAGCCAAUGUAUUUAAAGGAAUAAAAAACUGUAGUAUUUUUUUGUGUGCAAAUAAAGACGAGUUAGACGAACUUCUAAGAAAACAUUUUGAACCGAUACAAAUUCAAGAACAAUAUCAAAACGAAACAAUUUGGACUUCAAAAAUGUAAACUUAAAACAAAUAAUCUUUGAAUAAAAUACAAUAUAUUAAUUUCAAGUAAAUUAAAAGGAUCCGUGACAAUAUUUAAGACUUUAGACGUUUUGAAAAUGAAACGAGUAAUUUGAUUGUAAUUUCUUUUGAUCAAUAAGAUGAUUGAAAUAUAAUAUCAUCAUUGAUUAAUGAUUAUAAAUCAAUGUAAUAAACUCUUAUCAGUAUA